AUGACGAUCGAGCAGCUGGAGUCGCAGGCGGUGGCGGAGCCGACGACGAUGAGGGCCGCCUCCGCCGCGGAGUUGAGGACCAGCGCGGCGCUCCGGCUGGCGGCCUUUGCGGCGUCGCUCGCCGCCGCGGUGGUCGUGGCCACCAACCGGCAGGACCGCUGGGGCAUCACCGUCACCUUCAGGAUGUUCGCCGUCUGGGAGGCGUUCGUGUCCGUCAACUUCGCCUUCGCCGCCUACUCGGCGCUCACGGCGAUCUUCGUGAAGCGGCUCGUCAGCAAGCACUGGCUGCACCACGCCGACCAGCUCGCGGUAAACCUGCAGGCAGCGUCGACCGCCGGCGCCGGGGCGAUAGGGUCGGUGGCCAUGUGGGGAAACCAGCCCAGCGGGUGGUUCGCCGUGUGCCGCCUCUACCGGCUCUACUGCGACAAGGGCGCCGUCUCCCUCGCGCUGGCGUUCGUCUCCUUCGUCGCCAUCGGCGCCGCCGCCACGCUCUCCCGCUUCCCGGCGAGGCCACCACCUCCACCACCGGCCUCCAGAUAG